AUGCCACAGCACCUGGUGAAGUUUGAGAUAUUUGGAUUAGCUGGCAGCUUUGUUUCGUUCUCCUGCAUUGUACUGAACAAUUUUGUUUUUGUUAAACUCAUGUUCUUUGCGGAAGAUAUCAAGGACAAUCAACAGAAUGCUGAAAAGCAUGAUGCCCUCCCUCAACUGAGUCAUUUGUUCGUAACAGAAUUCUACGAUGAAUAUUCAAGAAAUAUUCAAUCUUAUAGCUCUCGAAUGAAAAGCUACACUGGUGAGAUUAAAAAGAACAAGUGUCGCGUUCAAGAAUACAUGGAUCACGUGAACAAAUACAUAAAGUCUAUGCAAAGUUACGUAGACUAUUUGCAUAAAAAGGAUUCAUGUUCAAAAAUAGGUCCCAACAAGUCUAUCUACUCCAAACGUUAUCGCCCUUAUUAA